CUCUCUCCUCAAUCCUUUCCUUCUCUCCCCAAUCCCUCAUUAACCACGCACCCUCUUCCUUCCUGUCUACAAUCUGCAUCCACAUCAGCGACCUCAUCACCCACCGGAGAUCAGCUCUCCGACGCGACGACCGGAGGCAGCUAGGGAGACACCGGGGAUCUCAACGCGAAGGCAUCACCUAUCUGUCGCGCAGCGAGAAAAGUGUACAUAUUAUCACACUAGUCAGCAGUAUUUUCUAGGAUUCGGGGCUGAGAAAAAUCCACCAUUUACCUAGAAGAGUGUGUGGGAGGCAAAAGGUGCGAUCCAGAUGGCGAACGUAUCUCAGAUCCGCCCUAACAACUCAGCACUUAUUGCAAUGAUUGCUGAUGAGGUAAAAAGACCGUUACUUUCUGUAUACUCUGCAAGUAUUUAGUUUAAAUAGAUUAAGGGGCUGUUUGGCAACUUCUGAAUGGACUUGGUAAUUCACGACUUACAUUCAGACAUCUGAACCAUUAAGAGGCUGAAACAAACAGCCCCUAAAAUGGCCCUAAACUGGCAAGGAGCUUGGUUCCUUAUGUAAGGUUUUAAUCUUUUGGGUUUGAACCUCUAAUGGAGCAUGCUUUAGUAGAACUCCUAUAGAUCUCAAAAUGUAGUCUACUGUCCCACUCUUGAUUAAUUGGUGGCUAUCAACCAGUAAUAGGGGUCAAGCAAAUACUCCGUAAUUAGGAUUAUAAUAUUCGUAAAUCAUUCUUUCUAUGCUCCUCCCUUUGUCCUGCUAUUUUUGGGACAACAGGAAAAUGAUAGUAUGAUACGCAAAUUAAGCGGAAUAGUGUGGUUGAUAUUAAAGUUAAUGCAUAAAAAGGUAAGAAUAAAUGUAAGUCACACAAAUGUUACGAAGUACUAAAUAUCCACUCAAUUUUUUGACACCGUCCUUGGUGUCGUAUGAUGGCACCGAACCAUUUAGAAUCCUACGGUGUCCUGUUGGGUCAGGCACCGUGUCCUACCCUACAAACCCCUUUUCCCCCACCUCUAGCCCCAGCUCCCCCUGCCUGAUACUGUAGCAACUCUGCGUUAAGCAGGCACCGAGGUUGUGGGCCUUGGUGGGGAUGGGGUGGGGGGGGGGGGGUUAGAGGUAACAGGACCUGGUCCUGGACUCAAAAAAGCACCGUAAGGCCCCAGUACCAUAUUAUGACACCAAAGUUCAAUGUCAAAAGAACCGUGGUGAAGGUAAAAAGGAACAUAAAUAGUGAUACAGUGAGUGUAACUUAUUAGAAUACUUGGGUAGCAUCAUGGUUGUUGUACUGGCCACCAACUUUGGAUUGUGUGCUUAUUUUAACUGUAGUAUUGGGAAACUCAAAUGCCAGAAAGCAUAGUACUCCCUUCGUCCCUAAAGUUCCCGCGACUGCUGAAAAAGCAAAUGUUGUAAAUAUUUUGGGACGGAGGGAGUAUAAUGUUCUGGUGAAUGCCUGACCGGUAUUUGUACCCCUCAUAAACUGUUCAUUUUUUGUUUUUUAAUCACAUGACCUGCCUUUACUUGUUUUAUAUGCAUUUUAUCCUGUGAAUUAAGUUUCAGCUUUACAAGACAUGGUGCUUCGCCAGAAUAUCCAGAAAUUAAUUCAAAAAUUUCUCAAACGUUAAUUAGGUGUUACUUUUCAUGGAGUUAGUCUAGCACGAAUACCUUUGAUUUCCGAGUGAUAUUGAAAUAAUUGACCAAGUCCCCAUAUUUGAUUUUUCUGAAGAAAAUGUGUUUCGUAACAUUCAUUUCAUCCAAAUAAGUUAUUGAAAAGCUGUGUGUUCUGCCGAGAAGUAGAAUAAAAAAGUAAGUUAGACAAGACUAUCAUAUGGAACCUAAUACUCUGUAUGUGAUUAAUUUCAUGAUUAGCUGUUACAGGAUAUAGAUCAUAGUAGUAACUUCUAUAGUUUUUGUUAGUAAUUUAGAGAUCAGAUAUUCAGAUGUAUUUUUGAUGAUAUUAACACUUGUUCGAUGAAUGAACGAACUCAAGGAAGCACUCAUGUCUUUGUUUUUUCUCAUAAUAAUGAGUUUGUGCUCAUGAAAUAUACUUAUUUUGUCCUCAUGAAAUGUAGUUUUUUUGCCAUCAUGAAAUGUACUUUUUAUUGUCCCCAUGAAAUGUACUUUUUUAAAUGUCCUCAUGAAAUGUAUUUUCUUGGUCUUCAUAAAAUGUACUUUUGUUUAAGCUUUAUCGAAAAUUAUUUUAAUUAUUGGAGAAGUAAAUGUAAUGGUUUACAAAUAAAUGGGGAAUAUAAUUUAAUAUCACGAGAAAGGAAUAAAAAAGGAAUUUUAAUCAUGAUGCUUAGUUUGCUGGGUUUCAAUUGUUAAGACUUCUUAAUCCAGUAUUUGUUCAACAUUAGACAUGAAAAUGAAUAUCACCAUGACCAAAAUGCUCGUGCAUCAUGAAUAUAAUAAAAAAAGUCUACUGCCCCAUUCUUCUCAAUCUAAAUGAAAUUUUAAAUAUUGUUGGGAAGUUGGGGAUUUUGAAUUCCUCAAAGAUAAGCAAUUGAAAUUUGUUGGGAUAUAAACUCCCACCAACCGAGACAUGAUGUUUAGUAGGAAAUGUAUUUUUUUCCUUCCAGCGAGACAUGUUAAGUGGAAUAUAAAUUUCUUGGAAUAAAAACUCAAAAAUAAUUUUUGGAAAUGUAUUUCUUUCCCUCCAGCAAGACAUGAUGUUAAGUGCUUUUGAAAUAUCCAAAAGUGGCGUGGUCAAAAAGGCAGGAAGGACCUUUACACUAUGUUUGGUUCAAGGAAUUUGGAAGGAAAAGAAAAGAAAAUGGUUUUCUCACAUUUUCCUCACCAAAAUGGAAGGAAUUUGGUUUUCCCUCCACUUGGUAGAUUUUGCCUUCUCAUUUUCUUUUCCUUCCACUUUUCCUUUCUUUUCCCCUCUAACCAAACAAGAAAAACAAUUUUCCACUUCAUUUUCUUUUCUUUUCUCUUUUAAAUUCCUUGAACCAAACAUAGUGUUAGUGCUUUUUUUGUAAUACUACCUCCGUCCCAGUGUAUUUGUUCAAUUUGACUUUUUUGACUUUGUUGAGUAAAAAAAAAUGAACCUUGGACCUCAAUUUAAUAAGAAAUGGGAUGUAUAUUAUUAUAAAAAUGAUUUCAUGAGAUUUAUCUUAUAGAUAAUUUUCAAAAUUUUAUUUAAUUAUAUUAAUAUGCAAUAGGAAUUUAAAGUAAUUGAAGAUUAAAAUUCAUCUUGUUUUAACUCAAAAAAUCAAAUUGGAAAAAAUCAAACCGGAGAAAUAUUUUCUCCUCAUUUUGUUUUGGGGAUUCGAGGUGAUACUAUUGGAUGUAUUAAAUAAAAACAUGUGGGUAAAUUGAAACUACAAUCCAAGUUUUGACAAAUCUGUUCGUUCUAGAGAAAUUAAAGAAUUUUUUAAGCAGUUCCUUUUUAAUGAAGCUUUCUUGUAAUCUGGACAAACCUAUAAAAAUGUGAUGUAAUAAUGCAAUAUUUGUCAAACAUCCUCUAACCCUCUAACCUACACCUUUCCAAGAUCCAACUUUGGCAUUUUUUCCUUGCAUAUAUAUAUAACACAACUACUUUGUGAAUUGCCUGAAACAUAAUUUCACAUGACUACAAACUUGCAGUUUGGCAUGGCUUAAUUAAGUGUAAUUCCUGCAUGUUACGUCAGUUUAAAUAAAGAUAAUAUUUAGUGUACGAAACUAAUAUAAAAAUCACGUAAAUCAGUACAGAAUGGUUUGAUGUGGUUCCACGUACUCAAACAAAGGAGGAAAACAAACUACCUUAUUGUGGAUUCAAAAACCACGGCGAAACAGAUUGAAGAUGCUUUCAAAGAGUUCACUACAAGAGAGGACAUUGCGAUUGUGUUAAUUAGCCAAUAUGUUGCCAACAUGAUAAGAUUUUUGGUGGAUGGUUAUAACAAGCCAAUUCCGGCCAUAUUGGAGAUUCCCUCAAAGGACCAUCCCUAUGAUCCAGCUCACGAUUCUAUCCUUUCCCGAGUGAAGCACCUAUUCUCCACUGAAUCUGUGGCAUCCGGAAGACGCUGAGAUAUAACUUGAACUGAAAGUCUGUCCUCUUUUUUCUUCUUCUUCUUUUGUUCUUUCCAAGCGUACUUUGUUGUGUCUACUUUGCCUGUUCUGUUUGGCAUGCAAGUUUAAUAAUCCUUUCACUAUUAAUGGCGACACUUUUUUUGUUAAAUAAAUUGUCGACUAAACAAGCAGGCUUGGAUUUUCAUCAAAAUGAACACACUCCAACAUCUGAAGAUGAAUUCAGAGGCUGUGGGUAGAUAUUAUUAAUGUUGUAAUUUACAGGUAUGAGAUAUUAUGCUUCUCCAAUUGAAUAAACGUUCAGGUCGCCAACUGGCAUCCAGAGGUUGUGCACAU